CAACGAAUCGUGUCUGAAGAUUUUUUUCUCCAUGCAAAUUUGGAAAGCCCUAGAAUUAGAAGAACACCAACCAUACGCUGAAUACACAAUCAGGUUAAACUGAAUGCUCAAGGAUUAUUAAAAUUGAAAGCUUUUUCUUUUUGGUUAUCCUGCUGAUGGAAGAAGCAAAGUUAGAUUCAAAAUCGAAAUCGAUCCCGAAUGAGAAUUUGAGAUUCGGAGAGAGGGCUUUAUCUGCUGGUGGCGCCGCUUUUAUAUCGGCGGUCAUAGUCAAUCCUCUCGAUGUUGUUAAGACGAGAUUACAAGCACAGGCUGCAGGAGUUCCUUAUGAAGGCUCGUGUCGUCUGGGUUGUUUCGAUUCGAAUUCCACGUUGGUACAUGAUUUAAGAAGUAGUUCUUCUCCUGGGAUGUGUAGAAUCACUGGCUCUGCAUCUGUUUGCUCAGAUCAUCAGUACAAAGGAACCCUUGAUGUUUUCUACAAAAUUAUCCGCCAGGAAGGGUUUUCUAGGCUUUGGAGAGGUACAAAUGCAAGUUUAGCAUUGGCCGUUCCAACUGUUGGGAUCUACAUGCCUUGUUAUGAUUAUUUUCGCAAUAGAAUGGAGGGAUUUACAACAGAGAAGUCCCCAACUUUGACACCUUAUGUUCCACUAGUUGCUGGGAUAAUAGCACGCUCUUUGGCUUGUAUCUCUUGUUACCCUGUCGAGUUAGCAAAGACACGGAUGCAGGCAUUCAAGGGAACGCAAAGAGAUGUAAAACUGCCUGGCGUUUGGAAGACAUUAGUUGACGUCAUCAAUCCUGUCAAGGGAUCAAGUAAUGGACAAAACUACAGGAUGUUAUGGACUGGUCUCGGUGCUCAACUUGCUCGAGAUGUUCCGUUCUCUGCAAUCUGCUGGUCAAUACUUGAGCACACCCGGAGAAGCAUAUUCUCGUUCAUGGGUGAAGAACCAAGGGCAGGCAGUAUAAUAGGUGCGAACUUCACUGCUGGUUUUGUUGCGGGUGGAGUUGCUGCUGCAGUUACUUGCCCACUAGAUGUUGCAAAGACUCGGCGACAAAUAGAGAAGAAUAGAGAUAGAGCCAUGACAAUGACCACAAGACAGACCUUGGCAGAGAUUUGGAGGGAUGGAGGAAUGAGAGGGAUGUUUAGUGGAGCAGGGGCAAGAGUCGGAAGGGCAGGACCAUCAGUAGCCAUUGUGGUAUCUUUUUACGAAGUGGUCAAGUAUGGACUGCACAACUUUCACCAACAGUAACGCUUUACUGUAGUCACGUAUACAGAUAUUGUUUUUGAUGCCAAGAUAAAAAGAGAACACUUGGGCAUCAAAACUCAAAUAAAAUAGUUUGCCGUAUGAGGUGCUUUACACCUUAUAACAAAGGCAAAAGCCAAAAUUUAUUCUUUAUUUGUUUUUGUCAAGAAGGAAUAAUUUAUUCAACACAAUUCUUGCAUAUGUUAUUUGUUGUUAGUAUAAUUUUUUUGUGUAAAGAAGAGAAUAAUAAAGUUAUCUUCAA